GCACUAGGAGUAUUCGGUUUGUGCCAGAUAAUGGGAAUAGACCUUUGGCUACGUUCAUCCUUACCGGACAAUAUUUAUAACAAAUAUCGAUAUGAAUGCAUUAUUAACCUUAUCGGCAUCGGUGUGUUCACCUUAUUUGCUUUGAUAUCGCUGGAAAGGAUAGCGCCUUGGUCUGGUCGAUUUUAUGCUUUUCUCGAUCCAUCUUAUGCUUCGAAGAGCAAUCCACUCAUUGCUUGCGUCGGUGAGCACCAUCCAACCGCUUGGAGCUUUUUUUAUUCUAACUUUCAAAUGAUUCUAAUAGCUAUACCAGGCUGUCAUGGUAAGGCUUAUACUGAUUUUAACACCAGCAAGUUGCAUGCUCUGCGCGAUUGCAUUUUCGUCACUGCUGACAACCUUUAUCAAAAAUCUUGA